AUGGAGUCAUCUAAGCAGGCCCUCCAGAACACCGACCUGGAACAGCUCAAUGACAAGGACAAGGCCGAGCUCCGUCAAUUCCUUGCGAACGAGCAGCAGCGGUCGCAGAUACAAUCACAAACCCACGCGCUCACGGAAAUUUGCUGGAAAAAGUGCGCCAGCGGCUCGAUUCGCGGCCCAAAACUGGAAAGGGGAGAGGAGUCGUGCCUUGCCAACUGUGUGGACCGCUUCCUUGAUGUCAACUUCCUCACAAUGAAGCACCUGAACAACAUGCGUUCGGGCUAG